AUAUUGAGAGGCUGCGUGCGUGCGUGCUCUCGCAUAGCGGUUGUAAUGGAGGAUCUCGGACAAGAACUAUCUCGAGGCUUAGUUAGCGGGCAGCCUUGUCUCCGUUGUUCGCCAUCCGGCUGCUUUGACUGAUCGCAGACUGUUCGCAGCGCAGGCCGCGGCCUCUGGUUCAAGGAGAACAAGCGGAGCGCCCACUGAGCUUCAGAAUGGCGUCCGACAUGGUUUCUCCAAACCAUGGUUCCAAGGGGAUCAUGACCUUUUACCCCACAGCUGAGGAGUUCAAGAACUUCAACCGUUACGUCGCGUACAUCGAGUCCAAGGGAGCUCACAAAGCAGGCUUGGCUAAAAUUGUUCCACCGAAGGAGUGGAGGCCUCGCAGAUCGUACGACGACAUUGACGAUCUAGUGAUUCCAGCACCAAUCCAGCAGGUGGUGACGGGCCAGUCGGGCCUUUUUACCCAGUACAACAUACAGAAGAGGUCCAUGACCGUUCGGGAGUUUAGAAAAAUCGCCAGUAGUGACAAGUUCUGCAGUCCUCGUUAUGAUGACUUUGACGAACUUGAAAGAAAAUACUGGAAGAAUGUGACCUUUAACCCUCCUAUAUAUGGAGCGGAUGUGAACGGAUCGCUGUACGAUCCUAAUAUCAAAGAAUGGAAUAUUUGCCAUUUGGGUACCAUUUUGGAUACGGUGGAACAUGACAGUGGCAUCACUAUCGAGGGUGUCAACACCCCCUAUUUGUAUUUUGGCAUGUGGAAGACCACUUUCGCGUGGCACACUGAGGACAUGGACCUCUACAGCAUCAAUUACUUGCACUUUGGACAGCCUAAAUCAUGGUAUUGUAUUUCUCCAGAACAUGGAAAAAGAUUAGAGCGUCUGGCCAAAGGUUUUUUCCCUGGUAGCUCUCAGAACUGUGAGGCCUUCUUGCGACAUAAGAUGACUCUCAUCUCUCCUUCGAUCCUGAAGAAAUUUGGGAUUCCGUUUGAUAAGAUUACCCAGGAGGCCGGGGAGUUCAUGAUCACUUUCCCAUAUGCCUAUCAUGCUGGCUUUAACCACGGCUUCAACUGUGCUGAGUCCACCAACUUCGCCACGGAGAGAUGGAUCGAGUACGGCAAGCAGGCGGUGUUGUGCUCCUGCCGUAAGGACAUGGUGAAGAUCUCCAUGGACGUGUUUGUUAAGAAGUUCCAGCCAGAUCGCUACGAGCAGUGGCUGGCGGGGCGAGAUGUGGCUCCAAUCGACCACUCGCAGCCCACGCCGGAGGCACAGGAGUUUUUGGACGAGUCUUUCUGUGAUGUCAGUCAAAGCCGCAGCAGCAGCUCCAGCGACAGAUACGGGGAGGAUGGAGAGAAGCGAAGCACUCAGAGGAUAGAGACAAAGCGACACCGGGUGUGUCUGGAGGUUCCCAGUGAUGUUGCUCUGAAGCAGGAAGAUGAUCCUCCGCAGUACGGGAAGCGGCCACGCCUCAGCCUCAUACCCCCCCGACCUGCUGUCCACGAUGGCAAGAAGAAUAAAGGUCCGCCAAAGUUGGUCGUCACGCCGACCAAGUUGACUUUAAUGGAUCCGUUUCACAGAGCGUUGACUCAGAGUACCUGUGGCGGAUGCCGUGCUCCACAUUAUUCCAAGACUCGCGCGCUCACAAUACCGUGCCAGUCAAACUCCAGAAAUGGACAUUUGGCGGUUCCGGCGGCUCCAGUGAGGACACAAGGCCCCGCCCCAGCUGUUCGGAAAAUGGGAGUGGCCAGCCUGCUCUUUCACAGGACACUGAGUCCAAAAGACACGCUGCAAGUGCACAGCUACACUCUGGAGAGCCAGCGGCGGCCUCCCACGCAGCUGCAGGUCCACAGCUACGCCAGGGAGCAUCAAGCUCGCCACCUCCAGCACAAGACCUGCACGCCGUCACAGGUGCAGCAGGUGUCUGCACCAUCCAGCUGUGAGGCGACGGAGCCCCGCCCAGAAGGCGCCGAGAUGCUGACAAACGUAGUUAAAAAGGAGCCAGAUGCGCGGAGUCCUUCUGUGCAGAAACAAGGCGAGGCAGCUGAAGAGGACACGCCCACAGAUCAGCUUCCACGCAAACCUGACCCCUCAACCGCGCAGACACAACUUCCACACAAGACAAAAACACAAGCUUUCCGAGCUCACAAUCAGCAGCAGGUAUCAGAGGAACAGUCGUACUGCAAGUCUGUAGCAAAGAAGCAACAUGAGGGAACUCUACUCCCCAAGCUGCCCCGCCAACAUCCUCUCAUCAGAGAGGAUAUUGAGGAAGACGUGCAUUUGGCUUUAGUGGGUGACCUAAAAGAGAAGGAGGAGUGGGCCAAGCCUCUCACUCAACUGUGGCAAAGCCGACUUUUUAAUCCCCAGGCAGAGAGGGAGUACAACCAAUGGGUCGGUCUGCAGGCUCCGUACUGCUCCAUCUGCUUGCUGUUUCACACAUACCAUCAGUCGGAGUCCGAUAACGGCGUGGUCGUGAAGAGGUCGAGAGGCCGUCUGUGGUCCAAGCCGCUUAUUCCUGAAAUGUGCUUCAACACCCAAUCCAACAAAUGUAACGAUGGCGGGCAGGGGCAGCUUUCCAACCCCAACGUGGAGGAGGACGGAACCAGCCGGCUGGUCAGCUGUGCUCAGUGCUGCGUCCGCGUGCACACAAGUUGCUAUGGUGUAUCUGCUGAUGAGGAGGACUUAGAUGACUGGCGAUGUGCUCGCUGCGAGGCCAACGCCCUCACUGAGGACUGCUGCCUGUGUUCUCUGAGGGGCGGAGCUCUGCAGAGAGCCAACAACGACAAGUGGGUUCAUGUGCUGUGUGCCAUCACCGUGCUGGAAGCUCGCUUUGUCAACAUCACCCGGCGUUCCCCUAUCGACCUCUCUGCCAUCCCACUGCCCCGCUUCAGGCUGAAGUGCGUGUACUGCAGGAAACGGAUGAAGAGGGAGGUGAAGGGCUGCUGCGUCCAGUGCUCCCACGGCCGAUGUUCCACAGCCUUCCACCCCACCUGCGCCCAGGCAGCCGGCGUCCUCAUGCACCCGGACGACUGGCCCUUCGUCGUCUUCAUCACUUGUCCCCGACACAGAGCGCCCAUCAUGCCCGAGCGUGACAAAAACUCCAUGAAGGAGGUCAGCGCGGGUCAGAAGGUGAUCUGCAAACACAAAAAUUCCCGUUACUACCACAGCGACGUGGUGGAGCUGACCACGGCCACCUUCUACGAGGUGGUGUUCGACGACGGCUCGUACAGCAACAACCUGUUUCCCGAGGACAUCGAGAACCGCGACUGCGUCCGCCUCGGCCCUCCUGCUAAAGGCGAGGCCGUUCAGGUGCGCUGGACCGACGGACUCAUCUACGGAGCCAAGUUUGUUACAUCACACUCCAUCCCCAUGUACCUGGUGGAGUUUGAGGACGGAUCCCAAAUCUCAGUCAAGAGAGAAGACAUCUACAGUCUAGAUGAGGACUUACCCAAAAGAGUCAAGUCCCGCAUGUCGGUGGCGUCGGACAUGCGCUUCGAGCUCUUCAACCAGAAGGAAGUGAAGCAGAACGCCAAGCGGCAGCGGGUCAUCAACUCCAAAUACAGAGAGGACUACAUUGAGCCCGUCAUCUACAGAGCCAUCAUGGAAUAAAAAAGACAAACCUCAAGUCACCCCCUCCCCCAAACUCAUCACCAGGCUCCAAAGAGCUCCAGGGCUUGUUUUCUGCAGACGUCUCGGGAAGCAGCUCCUGUUCUUCCAGGGCCUCUCAGGCUCCUCAUCUAAAAACGACGGCUGGGACUCCUCAUUAAAACACUUUGAUAGAUCUCCAUUACGCUCUCCUCCUCUAAUUCAUUAAUUACCUAUUCUCAGGAAGAAGCCAUGAAGCAAAAGUUUGGAUGGAAAAUUUGUAUUUUUUUUUCCUCAUCAAAUGACUUUUCUUCUAAGUUAUUCACUCCGAUUUUGUCGCAAGCAAAAAAGGAAAUGACCUUUGCUUGUAAUUUUAUCAGUUUGACCUCUCGGUUAUUGAAAAUGAUGGACAAAUUCACAGUUUCUUUAACAAUCACUCAGAUCGUCCCUUCCGAGCUUUAAACAGCUGAGAAGUUACAGGUUUGGAAGGCUCAGCCUUACAGUACCAAGGGCCAAGCAUGCCUCUGCUCUCCAUGUAUAUAUUAACUUAUGCAAAGCUAUUUUUGCCACGCCUCUUCCUCUGCCCUGUAGAAACCCUCAGAAGUCUUUAUAUUUAUUAAAUGGAAAGGUUUGGAUGGAUGGGAAGCGAGUUGAGGAGCUGUCUUCUAGCUGAAGCACUUAUCGUUUCAUAGACUUGCGUCCUCCUGCAGCUCUAGGCUAUGUUUAGGUCCGAGUUCGAUCCCCGUCUGGUAGUUGCUUGCAUCUGUGUAGGAUAAGGUGAGCUGACACUGUUUUCAGCUUUCAUAUUUUUGUGACUACUGUUCUUGUCUCUGGAUUUCGUUUCUUUCGAGCCCAUGGCUUCAAAACUGUGCACUCUUUGUAAAGUGAGUAAAGUUUGAGCUAAAAAAAAGAA